UAAGAAGAAAUGAUAAAAUAUGGAAUUGUAAUUAUAUUAUUAUGCUUUUAGCAAUAACUACAAUGGUAUGCACGCGGUAUGUGACGAGGUCGCAGGCCACCGUAGACUCGGAUAAAACAACUGCGACGGUUUGCUCGGAACACAAGACGUGCGCGAGGUGUACGAACGAGACUUCGGGGUGCUGCAGUUGGUCAAUCGAACAACAGACGUGCGUGAGCACAAAACAAGUGCGGCCGAAAUCGCUAAUAGUACACAAUGAGACGUAUUGCCCGCGGUUCGCGGUGGUGGAAAAGUCGGUGAUUGUGGGCACGUCGUUCAAGUACACCGUGCGGAUAUCGAAUGAUGAUCGGAACGGUUCGGUGGCCGCGUUCCUGCGUACCACCGAGAUCACGUGUUGUUUGGAAACCUGCGACUUCGACGGGUUCGUGGUGGCCGACGAGAUCGUGUGCGCGGAGGUGCACACGCCGUUAUCGUACUUCUCAAAUCGUACCCGAGCGCUAGUGAUGUACGUGUACGUAACGUUUAACGGGGUGAAGUUGAAUUUCGACGAGGAAACCGAGUACUACUACACGAUUUACGAUCGCAAGUGUGCAACCGCGGACCGAGACGAGGGUUGCGCGACGUGUUUGUGGAACGAUCGAGACGGCGGAAUCGAGUACGCGCACUAUUUGAAAUGGUGUCCGGUCAACAAUCGGUGCACCGGUUCGUACCAACUGUACGACAAGCGGGAGGUGCGGAACCAUGAGAAAUGCCGGACCACCGCGGACGAGGUUCGCGUCGAAUGCGCCGAAUUGGGGAUCCGGUCGUUUUGGCCGUUGUACGCGCCGAGGAUGGGUGGUACGGUGUUGAGCAUAGUGGUGCGCAACCACCGGAUGUUGGCUGAGGGCAAAACAGUCGGCGUGACCGUAGCGGGACGCGAGUGCGCGAACCCGGUGGCAGCGGUUGAUAACGAGACGAUCGCGUGCACGGUCGUCAGGUCAGAGUCAAAGCUGCAACAGCUUGUCGGCCCGGUUCGGGUGACGUACGUCUCGUCGACCGCUAGGUUUACGUUCACGUCCGCCGAAUCGAUGGUCUUCGUCGACCCCGUGAUGACGGCCGUACAUCCGGUUUGCGGGUCACCCGGUGGUGGAACCCUGUUGACCGUGACUGGCCGAUUCCUGGAUGCGGGCGCCGACGUUCACGUUUCCGUAGUUGUGGGCGACGGGGAACACGAGAACGCGAUUGCGUGCGAGACGGUGACGCGCGGUAGCAACGCCAUCACGUGCCGGACGGGUGCCAUCCGUUUGCCCGUCGCGCGCGGCAGGGUGCGCGUGGAAUUCGACGGUAGCCUGCGCGAGUACGCGGGCCCGGAGGCGGCGGUGGCGUUCACGUACGUGACCAACGACCCCGCGGUCGACGCCGGACAAGCGAUCGAAGGCAUCGUAUCGGGCGGCACCGCGGUUCCGAUGCACGGUCGCCAUUUGACUUGCUUGGAGCGGGCGACGUUAUACGUGAUCGACCGGCACGGCGACAGGCGGUACGCCGCAGGCCGGUGCCGCGUGCUGAACGACUCGCUGAUGGUGUGUCGGGCGCCCAGGCUUGACAGCGUGCUGUACACCGGGGAAACGUCGACGGACCUCCGCUACGGGGUGAUGGCGCGGGAUUUCGGGAGUCGCGCGUUCGACUUGCUGCACCACGGCCCAGUUGCGGUCGAUUUCGUCUUGCAUGCCGACCCCGUGUACACGGGUUUCGAGACGGACGAUACGUUCGGCACACUCAUCAUCUACGGCGACUCCGGGCGUGGAUAUCGCGUCGAAGACGUGAACGUGACGUUCCGAAACUCAUCGGGUACCGUUUGCACCGUCACCGAGGUCGUGCCCGGCCGCAUCAUAUGCGCGCUGACGUUGCCGACAGCCGACUUUGGAGACGUGCACGGUAUCGUGGUCACUGUUGGCGACCGGUUCGUGACCGACGUGGCGAAUAAGUUCAUUCUUCGCCACUCCGUUACCGAUUCGUUGAAAACGCUCACCGCCUCCUGCGGUUUUUUCAUAGCCGUUUUGGUGGUAGCAACACUUUUGAUCACGAGUGCCGUAUUAUUUCGCUCGAAGACGAAAAAGCAGUACACACUCAAUUUGCUGUCUUAUGCUAUCACGCGAUAUAUGCGUAAACCUGAAAAUCCAACAAUCAUGCGACGGUGACAUCAAAAUAUUGACGAAUGCUCGGCAUUAUUAUUGACGUCAGUGGC